AUGAACACGGAUAUUAUCGACGAAGAAGAAUUCAAUGAUAUUGACGAAAAUAUCAAACAAGAUAUACCUGUUGAAUUACCAGCACCAGUUGCAUCGGAAACUACUCAGAGUGAACAACAAAGCCGUAUCCUGAAGGAGGAACGAAGCAAACAAAAGCAACAGAGUUUAUCUGCAGCGGCAGCAGCUGCUGCUGCUUCAGCAUCCUCGCUAAUACCAGAUCUUCCAGAGUUAACGAGGAAAGACAAGACUUUAAAGGAAGUGCUAGAUAUGAUGGAUGAUGAGUUUGCUCCAAUCAUUCCUGAUGCGGUUACAGAUUAUUACUUGGCCAAAAAUGGUUUUGAAUCAUCAGAUGUAAAGAUCAAAAGGUUGAUUGCGUUGGCAACUCAAAAGUUUAUUAGUGAUAUUGCUCAAGAUGCUUAUGAGUACAGUAGGAUUCGCAAUGCAAGCGCAGUAUAUAAUUCAUCGAAUCCACAAGUAAGAGCAAAGCAACUAUUACAGGGUCAACAGUAUGCCAACCAACAAACAUUAGCAGGAAACAACUCUGGUAAUCAGGAGAGUUCUGGCGACCAACAAGUAUCACAACAAACACACUCAACAGCAGGAAAUCAGCAGGGGAAAGUUGUACUUACAAUGGAGGAUUUGAGUAACGCUUUAAGCGAGUAUGGUAUGAAUACAUCUAGACCCGAAUUUUAUAGGUAA